AAGAAGUAGCAGCGAAACAUGUGUAAAUCUACCUUUUGAACUCAUCUUCGCUUAGAAAAUUUGGCGACGGUGAAGUAGGCUCCCCAAAUCUCUCUUCAUCCUCCUUAUUUCGAGGUCAAGCUAGAAAAGGCAUCAUGAUGAGGAUGCUUUCAAGAUUUCUACUUUUACUUUUGCUGGUUCUGCCAUCCACACUGCUGUUCACAACCAAUAAUGGUGCCCUGGCUGCCAAAGAUCAGAGAGAAGCUCGAGACAACCUUGAAGACAUCUUGGAUGGGGAGGAGAUAGAGGAAGAGGAGGAGGAAGAUGAAGAAGAUGGACAGGUUGAGACAGAAGAAGAUGUAGAAGAAGAGGAAGGGACAGCAGUAGAAGCAGGAGAAGGGGAAGAGGAGGAGGAUGAAGAGGAAGAGCCCCCACUGAAGGCAUCACCAGAUGCUGACACAACCUUUCUUUUCACUACAAAUUCAGAGAAAGAAAUCCCAGUGACAAUCCCAUUACAAGUCUUGGUUGGAUUUACAAACAAUGGCCAACUUGAUUUCACAAUUGACAGUCUACAUGCAUCUCUACGGUAUCCACAGGACUUCUCAUUUUACAUGUAUAAUUUCACAGAGAAAGAAUACAACACAGUAGUAGAACCCAACAAAGAAGCAACAUUUGAGUAUUCAUUCCAAGCAGGAGAGGUCUUUGCUGCACGUCAGUUUGGAUUUGUUGUUGAGCUCGCAUACAAAGAUUCAGAAGGAAACCUUUUUUCAGAUGCUGUUUUCAACGACACAGUUUCUCUUAUUGAAUUAGAUGAAGGUCUAGACACAGAAACAUUUUUCCUGUAUGUGUUCUUAGCAGCAUUGAUUGUUCUAGCUUUUGUUGUAAUACAACAAAUCAUGGCAUCCUUUGGGAAAAAGAAGAAGCCAUCAAAACAAGUUGUUGAAACUGGAACGUCUAACCACACAGAUGUAGAUUAUGACUGGAUUCCAAAAGAAAAUAUUGCAGUUACAAAAAAAACACCAUCACCACGCAGAUCUCCAAGGAGGCGCACAAAGAGAUCAACAGGAUCAGGAGACGAGUAAACAAAAAUCAAUAAUGUAGAUUACAAAUUAGGAAAACCUUAGACAACUAUUGAAUAAUUGCCAGACACUCGCAUGAACCUAUCGAUUCAAAUUCAUAAAGGAGGUUCAUUAUAGAACAUGGGAACCAUUUCAUGAAGCUUGUCAGCACUGACAAGUUGUCAUUCUCUUACAGUUCCUAAUGGUUACCAUAGUAACAGGCAGAAACCAGUUCUUUCUCCGCCAAUCAGAACCAAUGAUUUAGCUGAAAUUGUCGCAGCUGACAAUUUAGCAAUUGAUGACAACUUUUAUUGUUUUUUGGCUCAGAAUCACAAUGGUCGUACUGUUACUUUGGUAAAUCCAACAUGCCCUUUCAUGAAUUGCUCCCUUGAUUUACUUACCUGUAGGUAUCCUGUAAGCUUGGGCAAUACGAGCUUACAUUGUCCCUAUUUCAGUAAGCUUAGCAAUGUGGGGACCUCCUUUGUGAAUUCUGGCCAUCAAAGUAGCAUUCCACACAUAUUAGAAUCCUACAAGAUUGAUCAAACUGGAUCAUCACAAGUAAUAAUAGUAUUUGAAGGUUUGAACAUCUUGCUAAAUGACUUAAUUAAACUGUUUUUGUAAAAUAUAAUACAAAGCUGUUUAUAUGUGUUGUAUGUUUUACUGUCAUUUUGUAAUUAAGUGUGUGGACUCAUAUGUGCAUAUGUGUAUCCUUAUGCAUUGACUUGCUUUCAGAGAACCAAUGAAUGAACCAUGAUGGUCAUAUGCAGUAAUCUUUCAGUGUUGUAAUCAUGACUUUUUCUUACAAUUUUCCCCAAACUUCUCAUUAAAAUCUAAUGUCUUGAUUACACCACUGAUUGUACAUAAAAGAGUUAUGAUAAGGAACCCUGGACAUAAAACCUUGCUCUCUUAUUGUCUUGUAAGUUCUGCUUUCCAUGAUGGGAUUUUAAUACAAAGAUUUCCUAAGAGUUUUUUUCCUCUUUGUCUCUAGCAUAUUUUGGACAUGUUGUUGGAAUGCUUUCUUUCUUAUUAUGUAGUUAUGUCUUUUUGAAUGUUAGAUAUUCAGAUAUCCUUUCUUUUGGUGGUGAUGGGUAGAGAUCAUCAAAGAAUUCAAUACUAUUGCAAUAUGCAUUUGAAAUAUGCAAAGCUAUUCAUUUUUUUUCUUGGCUCAACAAGUGCAUAAUUAUGUGAUAAAACGGAAAUUGUCAUUGAUGUAUAAGUAAAUUUCAAUAUUGCAAAUGUGAAUUUGGCACAAUUAGUAUUUUGCAAUUACCUGUAUUUGAAUUCCAUUAUGUGUGUUAUCCAUGUUGGUAAUUCUUUAUUUCCAAGGAGCUCAGAGCUCAUUAAAAGUCCCCUGACAUGGAAAUGAAUGAUAUCUUCUGUAAGUAUGUGUGAGUUUUUGCUUGAACACCAAACCAAACCAUUACCUGUUUGGUUUAAAUGUGCAUCAUAUGAUUUCAUUAGUUUGCAGUGUACUAAGCACCACCUCCUUAAAAAUCCACUAUUUUACUUUUUGCUUCUUUUAUAUCACAGGAGGCAGCAAUAAGCAUAACAAUACACAAUGAUAUGCAACUUGCCAUAUCUGUGUACUUACAAUGGCAUCAUAAGUCUUUAAAAAAUACCACCUCACAACUUGUGUG